AUGGCAACUAUGGUUCAUGAAGCAUCUUAUUUUGAUGAGGCUCAAUUUGAUUCAAAGAUGAAAGAGCUGUUUUUAUCUGAUGGACUCGUCUUUUUCACAUCAUAUGAUGAGCUUUGGGUAGGCCAUGGGAGUAGAGCUGCAGAAGAGAAACAAUACUUUGACAGCCACCUUGAACCUUUCUGUAGAGUUAAGCAGCUAACCAUUUUGCCUAGAAGAAUAAUUUGA